ACGAGACAGAGAAAACACAUUAUCUUGUAAUGGAAUAUGCAGAUAAUGGAACUUUACGAGAAUAUCUACAAAAUAAUAAAUUAGAAUGGCCUGAAAAAAUCCGAAUGUCUUAUCUUCAUGAAAUUGGAAUAUGCAUCGGUGUAACUGCUUUUAUUGAUCCUCGUAAAUUUGAAGAUGCAAAUUAUCGAUUUGACAAGUCUGAUGUAUACAGUAUUGGAACUGUGAUGUGGGUGAUUUCCAGCGAUGGAUGUCCUCCAUUUAGUCAACGCUACGAUUAUUGUCCCCUACUUAGUAUUCAAGGUUUACCAAUUAUAGGAACACCUACACAAUAUAUUAAUCUUUAUUCAAAAUGUUGGGAUGGUGAACCGAAUAAUCGACCUUUAAUUAUGCAAGUUGUUCAACAAUUGAAUUCCUUGGAAUUAGAUCCUAAAUAUGAUGGCACAAAUUUAAAAUCUUAA